AUGGGAAUCCUCUGCGCCCCGAAGGAAAAGCAUACCAAGUAUUUCCACCAUGGCUACGUGAUGAAUACUAGCAUAAAAGUCCAGGACGACUUGGAGUUGUAUUCGUGCAAGUUUUUGCGCAAGGGGGAGAACAGAAUCGUCCGGAAGCUGCGUAAAGAAGUGUUAUUCGGAGCCACUUUCGACCACCUGUCCAAACUGAGGAUGCUCACCUAUGACAGAACGAGCAGCAUGCCUCGUUACUUGCUUAAGGUUUACAACAUGUACGAGGAUGCGGACAGUGUGCAUGUCGUGAUGGAGAGCUGCACCGGUGGAUUCCUGACGGACCAUCUCCUGGACGGCCACGUCAUCAGCGAACGCCUCCUGGCAGAAUGGUUCUACCAAAUCAUAACUGCCAUGUCCUUCCUGGAGGAACAAAAUAUUCAGCAUCAAAAUUUAAAUGGCUACUGUAUCUACUUGAAGGACCAAAAAUGGGACGAAGUGAGAGUCAGCCUUUUAAGCAAAAAUAAAAAAUACGACAACAUAGACAGCAAGGGAGAUUUGUAUGGAUUAUAUUUUAUCAGAUCUUUACAGGAAAUAAAAAAAUUAAAUCACGACAAGAAUAACACUUGGUACAUUGGUGUCUUACUCUACUUUAUGUUGACCGGUUCAUUUCCAUUCUUUAGCAAAGACGCUUUGGAAACUUAUUCCAACAUUGCACACGAGGAAGUUUCCUUGGGCCAUUUGAAAACACAGUAUAGAAAACUGGAGAGCCCCAUUUUCGACUUCAUAAAGCAGUGCCUGGAGAAGGACUACGACUUGCGUCCAUCGCUCCGCCAGCUCGCGCAGCAUCCAUGGAUACGGGAUCGGGACAAUCUCCCCUUGCACAACAUCGUGGACGAGAAGACGCGCAAGGAGGCCCGAGAGCUAAUCUACUCCCUUGAAAACGGGAUCCUCAAAACGGAGGAGGACUACGACGAGGAUGAGAUGAAUAAGAGCUGGUGA